AUGACGAGCACUGCGGAGCAAUUGACGUUAGCAAGAGACAUAAAGAGAGCCAUCGAGUUGCUUGAAAAACUCCAGCAAAGUGGAGAAGUUCCUGCGACUAAACUGGCUGCACUACAAAAAGUGUUACAAAGUGAUUUUUUAAAUGCUGUGAGAGAAGUGUAUGAACAUGUUUAUGAAACGGUGGAUAUUCAGGGUUCGGCGGAUAUACGAGCAUCGGCCACUGCCAAAGCUACCGUCGCAGCAUUUGCUGCAGCAGAGGGUCACGCUCAUCCCAGAGUUGUGGAGUUACCGAAAACCGAAGAGGGCCUAGGCUUUAACGUAAUGGGUGGCAAGGAACAAAAUUCGCCAAUUUAUAUAUCAAGAAUCAUACCCGGUGGUGUUGCUGAUCGUCACGGAGGAUUGAAAAGAGGUGACCAACUGCUUUCAGUUAAUGGAGUCUCCGUUGAGGGCGAAAACCAUGAAAAGGCUGUAGAACUUCUCAAGCAGGCAGUGGGUUCUGUCAAACUAGUGGUAAGAUAUACACCAAAGGUAUUAGAAGAAAUGGAAAUGAGGUUUGAUAAGCAAAGAACGGCGCGACGGCGUCAAAAUUAUAACUAA